AAAAAUGUAUAUCGAUAUAUUUAUAUAUAAAAAUAAAUUUAACCUCUGUUACGACAAAUAAUAAAUACAAUCGGAAAAAUUAAGCAAGAAAUGAACGAAGCCGGCGCCAAUGCAGAUGCAGUGACGGCGGAUAAAGAACGCAAGUUUCGCAUACAGGGUGCUGCUUUCCUAGGACUAGUCGGCGGUAUUUCUGCACUCUUUGGCUUCUCGCGUACCCUGGCCACGGCCAAGAAAGCAGACAGCAAGGUGCUACAGCAGCAGGGCACUCGACAGGGCAUAAUACUGAUGGACGAGGGCGCCACCCUGGCCCUACGAGCCCUUGGCUGGGGUACACUAUACGCCGUCUUGGGCACAGGAGCAUUCUGCUAUGGAUUCUGGAAGCUAAGCGGAGCCAAAGACUUUCAAGAGUUUCGCAUGAAGAUGGGCAAUGCAUUGCCGCGCAUCACCAAAGACGAGCCCCCAGCAAGCCGCACUGACUUCGAAAGUCUUACAGACCUGAUGAAAUACUUGGGCUCCUGGGCCAAGGAAUAAGCAAUAAAAACUCAAAUUAAUUAGAAUUAAUACGAUUGGAGCUAAGCCAUUUUGUUAGCCGGUGUUUAUUUCGUUUUUUCAUCAAUAAUUAAGUAUACAUAUAAACAUCA